UAUACCAGCAGCGGAGCAGUGACAGGCUGUUGCUGCUUACUGUGCGGCCGCUGGACACAGGAUCGCCACAGUACUCUGCUCUUCCCUGGCAGUAGCCUACUAGCCAGUCAUACAUAACCAGAUCAGUCAGUGAUAAGUCUACUGAUUCGUAACGCUAGCGGUCGCUCUCAUCUCGCAGUGGCUGGAUCUGUAUAGAAGUACUGAGGGUCUUCUGCAUAACAAGCCCCCCCAAGCGCAUCAGCCAUCCACUAGCCAUGGAACGUCGAUCCACAGCCAAUACCAGGGGAAAAGAUUUCUCCUUCGUUAGUCCUGUGGUGAAAUACCUCCUGUUCUUCUUUAAUAUGCUCUUCUGGGUGAUAUCAGGGGUGAUGGUGGCCAUUGGAGUCUACGCAAGGCUCAUGAAACAUGCAGAGGCUGCAACGGCCUGUCUCGACGUGGAUCCUGCACUAUUCCUUAUUGCUGGUGGUGUGUUGAUGUUCCUUCUUACAUUCUGUGGCUGCAUUGGCUCUCUACGGGAAAACAUUUGCCUCCUGCAAACGUUCUCCAUCCUCCUGACUCUGGUUUUCCUGCUGCAGCUUACUGCCGGCAUAGUGGGCUUCGUCUUCUCUGACAGGGCUCGUGGCAAGGUCAGCGAAGUGAUCAGUAACGCUAUUAUACACUACAGGGAUGAUCUCGACCUACAGAAUCUCAUAGAUUUUGGGCAAAGAGAGUUUAAUUGUUGUGGGGGCAUCUCCUACAAGGACUGGUCCCAGAACAUAUACUUCAACUGUUCCUCAGAAAACCAAAGUAGAGAGCGUUGCUCGGUGCCCUACUCCUGCUGCCUGCAUAGUGAAGACCAGGCAGUCAUAAACACCAUGUGUGGCUACCGGAUACAGACUCUAGACUACUUGGAGGCGGGAGAGUAUAUACACACCAAUGGCUGCAUCGACAAGCUAGUUAACUGGCUGCAUAGUAACCUUUUCUUACUGGGAGGGGUCGCGCUGGGACUGGCAAUUCCACAGCUGGUUGGAAUUCUACUUUCCCAGGUUCUUAUUAACCAGAUCAGAGACCAGGUAAAACUUCAGUGGUACAACCAGCAGCACCAAUCAGACCCUUGGUACUGACAGAGGGAUACGCGUGUGCGCCCAACACUGCUAUGAACAGAAGCAGCAGAGCAGGCAGGGAUGAGCCGCCAAGGACUCUGGGAACAGUGUAAUGAAGUCACAGACUGAACGCAGCCUCAGGACACUACUCUCAUGACAGUAGGAACAGAGCCGUACGAUCGACUGUUACUUUGUGCUUGUUGAAUUAUAUAUUGUAUUUCAAAAAAUGAACAUUUCUAGGUCAAAUUGCAAGAUGGUAGCUCCUGUGUGGAGUUGCCAUUGUCUUGGUAACAUUUUUAAUACUGAAGGCCACAGAGCUUGUAAGAUUUCACUGAUGUUAUUCACUUUGUUACAUUUAUAUGAUCGGUGGAUGCGAGACUGCAAUAUAUAAAAGUGUAAACCAUUCGCACGUUCUUGCAGGGAGAACAUUAAAAUAUGAAGAACACCACCCACAAGUAAAAGGCAGUGAGUGACUGCAUACAUUGGGUUUCACAAGAGGCUAUGGGCCUGAUUCAGAGCUGGACACAGUGUCAAUGUCGCCUGCAAAUGGCCAAUGUGUCUGAGUCCCAUGGGUCCCGAUUGUCUGCGCAUCGGGUGCGUCAUUGGCAUAAAAACUGCAACUAUGAAUGCAGCUGCAGCAAAAGACAUGGCCUCGCCUGCGUCCACCUCAGAAUCAAGUCCUAUGUGUCAUCUGUUUAUUCAAAGAAAUAAGGAUUACUUACCCUGUCUUCUACUACUUUACAUUUACCCAUUAAUUACUGAUACUACUGCCCAGACUAGCCUUAUUUAUUGUUUAAGUUGUUAGGUUACUGUAUACAGGUGUAUAUUUAUAACUUGUUUAUGAAGCAUGCACGGAUCUGCCUCUUCCAAUGGGUGGAACCAGACAGAUUGUGGUGCUUCAAGGUCAGUGCAAGCUGAGCACUCCUACUACUCGUAUUGCUGAGAAAUUCACAAAUGAGACUGAGUCAUGGGGCGAGUUAUACAGUACCAAUGAGCUUCAACGGGGCGUUUCCUGGUCAGCUUGCAAAAGGAGUUGGACAUGGGGGUAAUUCAGAUCUGAUCGUACAUCUACGAUCACUUACUCUGACAUGUGGGGAGACGCCCAGCACAGGGCUAGCCCAACCCACAUAUCAGGCCCUAUCCCCCCCCAACCCCUCUCCUCUCCCCCCCCCCCCCCCCCCCCCCC